AUGGCAUUCAAGAGGCAAGUGAAAAACUUUGUGAAAAAUUACUCAGACGCUGAAAUAAAAGUCAGGGAAGCAACUUCUAACGAUCCUUGGGGUCCUUCUGGUUCUCUGAUGUUAGCUAUCAGUGACCUGACUUUCAAUGCAAUUUCUCUCUCGGAGAUUAUGAAUAUGCUAUGGCAGAGACUAAACGACCAUGGGAAGAACUGGCGCCAUGUGUAUAAAUCCCUUAUGCUACUGGAUUAUCUCAUCAAGAAUGGAUCAAAGGAAGUUAUUGAGUUUUGCAUAAAGGGGUUCUGUAACCUUAAAAUGCUAGAAGAUUUUCAACACAUAGAUGAAGCUGGAAAAGACCAAGGUUAUUAUAUCCGGAAAAAGUCUAAGCAAGUCAUAUCAUUGCUGAUGGAUAAGCAAUUGCUGCAUAAAGAGAGGGAAGUAGCACAUCAGACUAGAUGGCGUAGCUCCUGCUCUGUGACAUUUUCUAAAAGAUUACCUGGUACAGGUAACUCAACAACAGCCUGGGCUUCUGACCCCACACCAGAAGUUCCUGCUUCGGAGAAGAAGCGUAAGCUGCUUAAGGUUGCAAGGCUACGUAAAAAAAAGAACCCUUCCAAGGCAGAAGUGAAGCAAGAGCAGCAACAAGAGCCUCGGCUGCCCAGUGAGGUGGUGGUGUCCCAGGAAGCAAUGCCAGUCAAGUGCGGCGCUUGGAAAUCAGCAGAGGACCUGAUGCUAUUUUAUGAUGACGAUCCAAAGCCACUUUUACCAACAGCCCCUUCAGCCCUUGUCUCAUCAACUGCGUGGCUGUCAGAAGGGCGAGCGGAAGUCUGUAACCUCUGGGAUACAGAUGCUGUGCCUACUCCUUCAGAAAAAAACCCAUCUCUGCAGACAAAUGUGAGUUUAGACAAGAACUCAGACAGUACCAUUGCAAAGGCUGUAACAGAAAACCCUUUGCAAAUGCCUCCAGAAAAACAGUCAGCUACAAAACGUUUUGAAGAAUUGACAACUUUACCAGCAUUUUGGUCAUCGAGUAAAGAGGAGUCUAUGAGCCCAAAUUUAGGAAUAUUCAAGUCAGAUUCUACUUUCUGUGACCAGGCCUCUGUGGAGACACUCUAUAUCUCUCCCUCGUUCCAAACGUUUGGUCCAGUGAAGGAGACUGUCAUCAGCAAGGACUCCCAGAAACCAACACAACCCAGCGUCGCUCAGACGGAUGAUGAAAACCUCAAGACCUUAACAACAUGGGUUUCAACCACCUCCGAGGUAACGUCGUCCUUCUCCACUUUAUCCAUGUCAUCUCCUGACUCGGCCACUCCAGAAAAGUCUGCUCCUCUCCUGCCCCCGGUUUUGGCCAGACCCUCCUUCUGGGCUUUGGCCCAUCGGCGGUCUGCUCUAGGUCCCUUUGCGGAUAAAGAUGAGACAGCCAGCGCGCGUCACCCCUUUGUCCCGAGGGGCCCAGGGUCUUCUGAUAAAGAAACGGACAGCUCCAGUCCACUGGACGUUCUUCCAGAUGAUUCAGAUUCUGCCAAGAAGACGCUAAGUCCUAUGUCCCGCAGUAAUUGGGUCGAAUUUUCCACCCAAAAUGUAGGCCGCUUCACCUGUUCUAGAGUUCAGGAAACUGAAGGCCUGCCCAAGGAACCUGAAGCUAACAAUUCCAUUCAGGUUCUUCUAGGAGAGGUAAAAAACGCCAUAGUCAAACUACACGAAGAUCUGAGUCUGGUGAUCCAAGAGCUCGGGGUCAUCAAUAGCCACCUGGUAAGCCUGGGUGGGAAUAGCCUGCAAACAGGCCCGGCUUUGCAGUUUCCCCCGCCUCCUGAGGGGAGCUCAGAGCAAAUCUAG